AUGUAUGUGACUGAUUAUUAUAAUAGUCGCGUCCAAAAAUUUGUGAAUCAAUCAACAAUUGGACAAACCGUUGCUGGAAUAUCUGGUUCAAACGGUGUCUCACUCAAUCAAUUUAAUGGUCUUCGAUAUCUUACUUUCGAUUCAACAGAAACAUUUAUGUAUAUUACAGAUUUCAAUAACCAUCGUAUUAUGCGCUAUUUAACGAAUUCAACAACAGGAAAUAACGGAACACUUGUUGCUGGCGGAAAUGGAGCCGGUAACAAUAAUAAUCAGUUGAAUUCACCAUGGGGAAUCUAUUAUCUUCCAUCAGUGAGUAAUUAUAUGUAUAUAACAAACGCCAAUGGACACACACUGAUGCGAUGGAUUCCCGGUGCUUCAUCAGGUGAGUUCAUAGCUGGUAUUCCAAAUCUAUUAGGCUCCAGUUCGUCAUUGUUAAAUACUCCGACGGGUAUCAAAAUCGAUAUCUAUCAGAAUGUAUUUGUUGUCGACACAAACAACAAUAGAGUACAAAUGUUUUGUCCUAAUAGUUCGAUAGGUAUUACAAUUGCUGGCAAUAUUAUAUCUGGUAGUACAGCAACACAAUUGAAUGGACCAAGAGGUAUUGCAUUCGACUCAUCAAUGAACAUGUACAUUGCCGAUUAUAACAAUUAUCGAAUUCAAAAAUUUAAUAAACUUUAA